GAGGUGCAGAAGGUGUGAAGAGAGCGCUGAUGUCUUGAUUGAGAACAUAUCAUGUGUUUUGCGUUGAUUUUCUGGAAUACCUGAUAUGACAGCAAGGAAACUGCCUCUCACACUACCGUAAGAAGAUAUAAAGGGAGAAAAGUCUGUCCUUUUUAAUAAGGGCCUAAUUAUUAGAAUUAACAGGUGGUACCUCUGAAGAGAAGAGAACAGUCGACUGACUGGGUGGACAGGUAAGGGCUCUGAUGUGUAAUGCCUCUAGUUUGAUAAAGUUAGUGGUGACGUACUGAAUUCUACCAGAAAUUAUUUCCACUCCCAUUUAAAUCUUAAAAUUCAUGAGCUGUUCUUGCGCAGCAUAGGCGCCAAACAGUGAGCCGUUUUAGUGUUAUAUUGUUAUUGACUUACAGGGAAUUUUCAUAAUUCCGCUCGUGACUUUAGGGUAUUAACUUCGGUAACGUUAAUACUCAUGUGGCUGGUUGUUUGUGCUUAUGAUAUGCUCUCGUCAGGGUCUCACACAGCUUUACUGGUCUGGUCUGAAAAAUCACAAGACCAAUGAUUAUUCAAUAGCCCUUCACUCGAAGUCGCCUGUACGUUUAGAAACAAAUACAAAUAAUUACGAGAGUGAUUGUUUGUUAAUUUGAAUUAGACUCCGCAUAUUUCAUAAACCUGUUGCCACUGUUCAAACAACGUAAUGAAGACAGUAACGUUUCCAUCAGGCUGUAUAAAGCAGAGAACAUGAUGUGAUGUGUAGGAUGGGAUUCUUGCAAAAAGCUCGAUCAAGGCCAAUCUAUUGAGAAAUUGCCAGGGAAACAGAGGGUGAGUCUAUGUUUGUUUGAACAACUCCCUGCUUCUCUUAGCAGAAGGUACAAUCUCAGCCGCCAAGUACUGUCUUAAGUACCUUUCCACGCUGUUUCCAUCCACCAUAAGGUGAAAGAGUCAUAAGAGUUCUGCCUUAAAUUAGUCCUAAAUGUGUGCUAUCUGACCACCAUUAAAAUUAAUUAUUUGGUAAUCUCCAUGUUAGACAGACGUUUUGACAAGAUUUGUGUUGCUGUCUCCCCCAGACUUUUGUGACCCUAGAUAGUCAUGCCCAGUGACAAAUGUUGUGCCUGGGUGUUUUCAGAUUCCAAUCAAGGCCCAAUCCAGACUCUCCAGGGCCUGUCUACUUCACAAGGCUCCCCAUUGCCCUGUCCCCCCGUGUCAUGGAUCUAACCACUCAGCCCCCGAAUGGCUGCGGCCCCUCCGUCCAGUCUCUUUACUUUAACCUGUGCGACCUGGAGGCGGCGUGGGGCAUCGUGGUGGAGGCCUUUGCUGCUGCCGGCGUGGUCGGUUCGUUCAUGCUGCUGAUCAUCCAGAUGGCCAGCCUGCCGUUCGUGCCCGACAAGACCCGCAAGAGCAUGACCCUGCUGCAGGUCAGCUUCCUGGUGUUCACGCUGGGCCUGUUCGGCCUGUCCAUCGCCUUCAUAGUGGGCCGGGACUUCACCACGUGCAUGGUGCGCCGCUUCCUCUUCGGUGUGCUGUUCGCUGGCUGCUUCUCCUGCCUGCUCAUGCACGGCCUGUGGCUGGUGCUUCUGGAGCGGCAGGAGAGGGGCCCGCGCGGCUGGCUGCUGUGGCUGGGCGCCGUGGCCGUGUGGCUGGUGGAGGUCAUCAUCAACACCGAGUGGAUGAUCAUCACCGUGGCGCGUGACCCCGACAGCAAGGCUAUGCUGCCUGAGCGCUCGUGCCGGAUCACCAACAAGGACUUUGUCAUGGCGCUCAUCUACGUGAUGGUGCUGCUGGUGGUGGUGGUGCUCAUGGCCGUGCCCUCGCUCACACACAAGCACAGGAACCUCCGGCGCGACGCCAUCUACAUCCUGAUGACGGGCGUCCUCUCCAUGAGCAUCUGGGUCACCUGGAUCGUCAUGUACAUCCAUGGCAACCAGAUAGUGGGGGACGUUUCCUGGGAUGACCCCACCUUAGCCAUCGCCCUGGUGUCCAAUGGCUGGGUGUUCCUCAUCCUCUACACCAUCCCUGAGAUUUGCCUGCUCAGCCAUGAGAACCAAAGCGCCGAAGAGCCUGAGCAUGAGGACCACAUGUUCCCCACCAGGGGUGUGGUUUAUGAGAACAUUCUGAGGAGACAAACUCAGGUAGAGCAGAACAUGUACAUAGAAAACAAGGCCUUCACCAUGGAUGAGCCCAGCACAGCCAAGAAACUUACUUCUCCAUACAGUGGUUACAACGGCCAGCUGCGUAGCUGUGUGUACCAACCAACUGAGCUAGCGCUGAUCUCCAAAGGUCUUACCAAUAAGGACUUCCCCCGUGAGCCCGUCAUCCCCAGGGCAUCUGCCCCUCACCUUGCCCAGAGCAGGAGCAGCUCUCUGCCCAAACCCCUAGAGCCGCAACCUCUCGUCGGCAUGGCUCACACAAGCAGUGGAAAUGGCUUACAUAGGCAGUGGUGAAUCUGAUGAAGCAGCAUCAUCCAUGUCCACCCCUUAUUUUGUCCUUCAUGUCAUUUAUUCACUGUUGCUGCCUGAUCUGCACUGGAGUGUCCAGCCCACAGGAACUGCCCCACUGCUGGAAAGAGUGUUUCCAAUUUCCCCAACUAUCCAGCAUCCCACUAACAGAGCCCUACCAUAACCCCCACCUCUAGACCUCCCAGCCAAAAUGCAUUGGUGUGGGGGAGCAUAUUCGUACAGCUGACCCCGUAAUGUGAGGUCCUGUACCUCAGCUGUUCAGGUGGCACGUGGCACUCCCGAUGCAGAGGUCAGUGUAGAGGCCUCAGGGAGUGUAAGGACUGGUAAAUUAUAUGCACUCACCAAUAUAGUCUGUUGCUUUGGUUUUUAUGUUUCAAUGUAAUGUAAUUUAACUGCACUGUGAUUCCUAUGGGCAAAUAGUUUGACCAAAUGUUUUUUUUUGCUGCUGACACUACAGUGAGCGCUAAGAUAAUCAACUUCACAAAUCCCAAGAAAACUCUUGAAAUUGAAAUGCAGCCUGUCACGGCUCUCGUUUUAUUCUCUGUGGCCAGACACCCUUUAGCAUGCAGUCUGCCAUACCUUGCCUCCUCUUCCUGGUUACCAUCUAAAGGGCGGGGGUAGUCAAUUUGGCCCCUUGGUUUAUAUGGACAUGUUGAUGUGGCAAGAUGGCCACUCGUCUCGGAAAGCUAACGAAUAAAUCAGAGCCAAAAUGUCAAUCAAAGAAAUGUUCUUAAGCACAGAUGCUGCUGAUUAAGAGUUUUCAAUUAUUUGUGAAUAGCGAAGAUCAUUUGAGUUGAGUGUUGGUUAAUUUGGUUAGUUAAUAGUGAUGGUCAAGCAUAUGCUAGUUCAUACCAAUGACUGGUAAAACAAUGGACAGCGUACACACAGUCAAAAGUGAAGCCACCGGAGGGCAUUUUAAAAUGGUGAUUUAACCAAAUAUGGUUAAUUCUGGACGGACCUAGACGAUUUUCUGUUUACGACGCAUUCUCUGGCUCCAAGAAGCACUUACUGUGCAGACUCCAAUUUUGGGUUAAUUUCUUCAGAACAUAUGUGCAUCACACCAUGCUGUCCAUCUUUUUUUUUUGUCAUUGGUUCAUACUGUGCAAGAGUGGAUGGAGCCGUUUUACCGGUGCCUGUACUAUUAAGCAGUGCUCCAUCAAGAUUUUAUACUAUGAAGGCUAAGUUCUUAGUACACAAAUCCUACUUUACUAAUUUUAGAUGAAGCAUUCAUGAUUUUGGAAUGCAAUGAAAGCUUAUUCUUAUCAUAUUGUGACACAUUUCAACUCUACCCUGUCCCUCUCAACUCAUAAAUAUUAUUACAUGUAUAGACGUAUUCAUGACGUGCUCAGUGAUGUAUAAAAACAAAUACAAUAAACAUUUGCUGAUAA